AUGUGCUGCCCGUUGCCGCCCGUUUCUGCCCGUGCGUGUGCUGCCCGUUGCCGCCUGUUGCUGCCCGUGCCUACGCUGCACGUUGCCGCCCGUUGCUGCCCGUGCCUGUGCUGCCCGUUGCCGCCCGUUGCUGCCCGUGCCUGUGCUACCUAUUGCUGCCUGUGCCUGUGCUGCCUGUUGCCGCCCAUUGCUGCCCGUGCCUGUGCUGCCUGUCGCUGCCCGUGCCUGUGCUGCCUGUUGCCGCCCGUUGCUGCCUGUGCCUGUGCUGCCCGUUGCCGCUUGUUGCUGCCCGUGCAUGUGCUGCCUGUUGCUGCCUGUUGCUGCCCGUGCCUGUGCUGCCCGUUGCCGCCCGUUGCUGCCAGUGCCUGUGCUGCCUGUUGCUGCCUGUGCCUGUGCUGCCUGCUGCUGCCUGUGCCUGUGCUGCCUGUUGCCGCCCGUUGCUGCCCGUGCCUAUGCUGCCCGUUGCUGCUUGUUGCCUCCCGUGCCUGUGCUGCCCGUUGCUGCCUGUUGCUGCCCGUGCCUGUGCUGCCUGUUGCCGCCCGUUGCUGCCCGUGCCUGUGCUGCCUGUCGCUGUCCGUGCCUGUGCUGCCUGUUGCCGCCCGUUGCUGCCUGUGCCUGUGCUGCCCGCUGCUGCCUGCUGCUGCCCGAGCUUGUGCUGCCCGUUGCCGCCCGUUGCUGCCCGUGCCUGUGCUGCCCAUUGCCGCCCGUUGCUGCCCAUGCCUGUGCUGCCUGUCGCUGCCCGUGCCUGUGCUGCCUGUUGCCGCCCGUUGCUGCCUGUGCCUGUGCUGCCCGUUGCCGCCUGUUGCUGCCCGUGCCUGUGCUGCCUGUUGCUGCCUGUUGAUGCCCGUGCCUGUGCUGCCCGUUGCCGCCCGUUGCUGCCAGUGCCUGUGCUGCCUGUUCCUGCGUGUGCCUGUGCUGCCUAUUGCUGCCUGUGCCUGUGCUGCCUGUUGCCGCCCGUUGCUGCCCGUGCCUGUGCUGCCCGUUGCUGCCUGUUGCUUCCCGUGCCUGUGCUGCCCGUUGCUGCCUGUUGCUGCCCGUGCCUGUGCUGACUGUUGCCGCCCGUUGCUGCGCGUGCCUUUGCUGCCUGUCGCUGCCCGUGCCUGUGCUGCCUGUUGCCGCCCGUUGCUGCCUGUGCCUGUGCUGCCCGCUGCUGCCUGGUGCUGCCCGAGCCUGUGCUGCCCGUUGCCGCCCGUUGCUGCCCGUGCCUGUGCUGCCCGUUGCCGCCCGUUGCUGCCCGUGCCUGUGCUGCCCGUUGCCGCCCGUUGCUGCCCGUGCCUAACCUAA